AUUUUUAGGUCGAUGACCGACGUUCAUUGAUCAAUCUUUUGAAAUUGACCAGAUGUGACUCGUAAAUUCAUCUUUUUACUGUUUUAUUAGGAAAAUAAAAAAUUAAUACAGGAGUCUCAGUUGAAAAACCAUUUAUCCGUCUUAUCGCGUAAAUGUUUUGCAUGGGAAAAUUCAUUGAAAACUCGUUGGAAUCCGGAAAUCCUUAACAAGUGCUUGAGCUUUCACAAUGGAACAACUGAUAACAAGAUGAGUCUUAUCGCUUAUUAUAAGCAGCAAAUUGUUGUUCAAAUGGAAAUUUCUUACAUUUUCUAUAAUUCGUGGUAGUUCGUAAUAAAAAUAUUGCUGCGAAUGUAAUAUAGUUAAUUUCUCAGAAUAUCUUUUGAUUAUAUUUCCACUCUAUGCUCAUGAUCUAUUGAAGUGUUUCUGAGCUCUUUUUUUCGUGAAAACAUGUCCGAUAAUUCAUCCGAACAUUCAGUCAUCAAAGAAAACUGCAGCGAUACUAAUGCUAAAUUCUCACGACUGGCUGCCGAGUACUCAAAGAUUCGAGCACAAAACGCAGUAUUGAAAAAAGCAGUUCUUGAAGAGCAAUCUAAAAAUGUGGAGCUUAACGAAAAACUCAAAGAUAAAGAACAAAUUGUUCGGAAAUCGGAUCAAGAAAUGGAAUCGUUAAAUUUUAGAAAUUCUCAGCUAACACGGAGAAUCGCAGUUCUUCAAGAAGAGAUAGAAAAUAUAUCAAAAAGUGGUAAAAAGAAAUCUAAGAAUGCCUCCGAUACUUCAAAUGGCGUGUUUUAUGGUACGGUAAUGGACGAAGAACUGAAAAAAACGAUGAUCGAAAAUGCUAAACUUUUAUCUCAAUUGAACGAAAAAGAAGAAAAACACCAAGAAGAAAUAUCGAUUUAUAAAACGGAAAUAUACGCUUUAAAACACGAAUUGGAACAAAGUAAUUUGAAAUUCAAACAAUUACUCGCGGAUCACCAGUCAAGUAUGGAACAGAUGAAAAAAGAACAGCAAGAAUACAAACGGGAUUUCGUUAAUAAAAUGAAUAAAUUAAAAGAAACCGAAAUAGAAUUAUCUACAUUGAAAAAAGCUCAUAAAUCGUACGUUAAUGACGUAGGUCCGAAAUUAGAAGCUGUAUCGGAAGUGAUAUCAAAACGGAUUCCAUUCUUGGAUGAGAAACACGCUGCCUUAAAUAAAUUAAAUGUAAGAUGUUCUACGAAUUCGUACGAAGAAAACAUGCAAAUCGAAUCAUUACAGAAUUAUUUUGCCGCAUUAUUGUUCACUUUUUAUAAUAUCAUUCAUAAUGUUACCUUGGAACUGAAACAACUGGGGUUUGAAGAAUUGAAAAUUUAUAUUAAAACGCUGUUAAAAGAAGACGAUGGCGUGCUGUUGAAUGAAAAAUUGAACGCGUGUUACCAAUUAUUAAAAAACAUAGGGUUGGAUUGCAAUAUUUCUGAAAGCAUGGAAUACUCGGUUCAUCAAUUUAUGAAAAGUUUCUUAGAUUUAUCUUCGUCUAUUUAUUCGUCAUAUAUGAACAAAAACAAAACCAAAUCAGCUGGCCUGGUUGAUUACUCGAAUGACGUAUCAAUUAAAAAUUGCCUGCAAACGUUUCAAAAAAAGAAAACAGAACUUAUCGAAAAAAUUAUGAAAAUGCCCAACUCUCAGCAAACUUUAAUUAAAGAAGAGUUCGGAAAAUUAGACAUCGCUAUCAAUAAUUUGAUCAUGGAAAUUGAUAGCCUGGAGCAAAAACGUGUUCAGUUGAGCAAUCAAAAACUUGCCGAUACUUACGAAUUUAAAAAACGUGCUACGGAUUAUUUGAGAUCUCUAAGAAAAGACAAGGUUGAAAGAAUUCCUUAUAAAGAGGGCAUCGAAAAUAAACGAAAAAUGCAAGAAUACAUUAUGCUCAAUAAUGCGUUAAAGGAUGAAAUUCAUGCUUUAGAAAAAUCUAUUGUCGAUUUAGAAAAGGAAAAAAUCGAUUUACAAAACCAAUUUAGUAUUAGCCUCAUUAAACAAUGUAACGAGGAUAUUAAAGUACCAACGAAUUUAGAUCUCAACUCAUCAGAAAUAAUUUCUGAAGAAAUUGGUAAAAUAAAACUACCUUAUGACAUUCCCGAAGAAAUUCUUGCCCGAGAAGAAGAAAUUAAAAACCAUUUAAAUGAAAAAAUUACCGAAUUAAUCGUUCUGAAACAAGAAGCAACUAGUAAAGCUCGAAUGUUCAUGUUUGAGUGUCGUGUUCUUCAACGAAGGCUGGAAAAUUGUAUUGUGGAAAAGCAAUUAAUGGAGAAUAAAUAUUUGAAAUUUAACAAAUCAACCCUCGAAUUGCAAGAAAAACUAUCUACCAUUAGCCAAAAUUACGAAGGGCAAUUGAGCAUGUUAUCUGAGCAUUUAGCAAACGUUAAUGAUAAAUUAGCAUCUCAAACCGAAGAAAUAGAUAAUCUUCGUUAUCAGAUUAAUAAUAAGUCGUCGAAAAAAACCAAACAGAAGUAACAUUUGUGAGAAAACAUAGAAAAGACUGCAUUUAUGUAUAAAUGAAAUUUGGAGCGUGUUUCUGUAUGUCUAUUUUGAAGUAGACAGUGUAUUUUAUCCUACCCAUAUUAUUUAUUUGUAUUUCGGUUCGUAACCGAUUAGGAUCUGCUAAUAUUCGUAACUUAUUCAUCAACUUAUUCGUGAAGGUAUUUAAAACCUUCGUUACUAGUCAGUUAGAUGAUUCACAUGAUGCAUAUUUCAUUUUCUUUUUCAAAGCGUUUAUCAUUUCUCUUAAACUAGGUACAUUUUUAUUAUUUAUUUAUUUAUUUUUUUUUAUAUUCGUACAGGUUCGUUACGAAUUUUUAAAUCCGUGUUUCGUUUCUACGGAUUAUGCAACUUUGAAAUUUGAAUGUAAUUCAAUUUUAAUAACCUUUUACAACGUUAAACGUAUUAAUUCCAGAUCAGUAUUUUGUAAUAUUUGAUUCGUUUGUAACAUUUUUCUAAUGCUCAUCGUACGUGUGAAAUUUGUAUAUUUAAUUGGAUAACACGUAAUUAAUGAACUUUCAUCAUGGUCGAAUCCCAUCGUUUUGUUUUUUAACGCAACUUUACUGUCUUUUUAUAUAACGAGUAUUGUAUUUAUUUUUUAUUUGUUUUAGUUUCGUGUAUCUUCGAAGUGCUUCUAAACAACCCACCUUUUAUGAGAAUUCUUUUUCCGGAAGUGAUUUUUUCAAACCAAAAUUUCGUGUUGGUAAUUUUUUUUAAAUUAUUGCUCAGUUACAAGAGUACACAGUACAUACCCAUUUUAAAUGCAUUAAAAUCCCCAAUUAGGCGUGCUUCAGAAACAUAAAUUAAUCAUCUGACUGUUGUUUCAUAUUUCAAAAAAAAAAAAUGAGAAUGGGUAACUUGAUGAGUUGAAUUUUUAAAUUCCACUUUUUAUGUUAACAAUUUAAUUACGAAACUCUUGUUUUUAUUUUUUAUUACUUUUAUUACUGUUAUCACAAUGUUAUUUCGGCAAUGAUAUCUUAAUAUAAAUAUACGUAUGAUUUACGA